UCAGAUCAGAAAUGUCAAAUAAAUAACAAUAGCGGAACUAGAAUUGAAAAAUAGCUUAUAAUUAAUUUGAGGAUAACUUGUAAAAAAACAGCACCAUGGGAGAAAGAUAUAACAUACACAGCCAGUUGGAGCAUUUACAGAGUAAAUAUAUUGGUACAGGUCACGCAGAUACAACAAAAUACGAAUGGCUGACUAACCAGCAUAGAGAUUCAUGUUGCAGUUAUAUGGGGCAUCCAGAUCUUCUUAGCUACUUUGCAAUUGUAGAAAAUGAGUCAAAGGCAAGAGUAAAAUUUAACUUAAUGGAAAAAAUGCUUCAACCGUGUGGACCACCUCCCGAGAAGCCGGAGGAUUAAAUUAAUUUUAGGUUAGAACUUAGGUUAAGUGGUAAAAUUGUGGUUUGCUUCAUAUUAAUUUUGCUGUAAGAAAUUGUAAUAAAGAAACUAAUCAAU